UUUUUUUUGUGUGUGUAUUAUCAUAUUUAUGUUAUUUAAUUUUGCUUUCUUACUGCUUUAUUGUUCUUAAUCGAUAUGCAAGCUGAUCGUGUCCCUCUUUCUCCUAUGAAUGAAAAUGUCCUUGCCCAACAGCUUAAGAUGUGUAUUCUCGGGGAUCAGGAAAACCAGCCACCCUCUGAAAACACGAAGAUUCUUUUAGGUGGAGUCUGCCCGCAGCAGGUGCCUGAUAGUCAGUUGGAGAAGUCUAAAAGCGGUGAGGAUGAAGAGGGUGCUCUCGAAACAGAAAAAGAGCCGUUCUUGAUCAAGAAUCCACGAAGGUUUGUCGUUUUGCCUAUUCAGCACGAAGACAUUUGGAGGAUGUAUAAACGAGCAGAAGCAUCGUUCUGGACCGCAGAAGAGGUUGACUUGUCCAAAGACCUGCAAGACUGGGAAAAUAUGAAACUGGAGGAAAGAUUCUUCAUCUCUCAUGUACUGGCAUUCUUUGCUGCGAGUGAUGGAAUGGUUUUGGAAAACUUGAUAGCCAGGUUUGCUCAAGAGAUUCAAAUACCAGAAGCUCGCUGUUUCUAUGGAUUUCAGGUAGCAGUUGAGAACAUCCACUCUGAAAUGUACUGCCUUCUAUACAUUAAGGAUCCACAAGAAAGGGAAUUUCUAUUUAAUGCCAUUGAAACACUGCCCUGUGUUAAAAAGAAGGCUGAGUGGGCUCUGCGCUGGAUUGGAGAUCACAGAGCACCAUAUUGUGAGCGUCUUGUGGCAUUUGCAGCAGUAGAGGGGAUAUUUUUCUCUGGAUCAUUUGCUUCUAUAUUCUGGCUGAAGAAGCGAGGUCUCAUGCCUGGUUUGACUUUCUCUAAUGAACUAAUAACUAGAGAUGAGGGACUGCAUUGUGACUUUGCUUGCCUGAUGUUCCACCACUUGUUGAAUAAGCCCUCUGAGGAAAGGGUGAAGGAAAUAGUCAUGGAUGCAGUAAGGAUCGAACAGGAAUUCCUGACUGAGGCCUUGCCAGUUAACUUGAUUGGCAUGAACUGCAACUUAAUGAAACAGUACAUCGCAAACGGGUUAAUGAUGGAGCUGGGCUUCAAAAAGAUAUAUCAGUUUGAUAAUCCAUUUGACUUCAUGGAGAACAUUUCUCUGGAAGGUAAGACCAACUUCUUUGAAAAACGAGUGGGAGAAUAUCAGAAGAUGGGAGUCAUGGCUAAAGCAACUGAGAAGACAUUUAGACUAGAUGCAGACUUUUAAUUUCAAGCACUGGACUUUUUGACGUGGAGUAUCCUGAGUUGGAGCACUUCAGCUCCAAAGUAAUGGAUUACAGGCACCAAGAUGGAUGGAAUUGUUAAACCUAAUAAGACUAACAUUAAUAUAAAUAUUAACUGAAAGCAGAAAAGGGUUAAUAAACUAUCCUGAACAAAAAUCUGUUUAUAAUCUG